AUGUCUAUCCAGAAUCUACACACCCGUGACCCCUUUGCCGAGGCCGAGGCCGACGCGGCUGCCAUUCAGGCCCGGCCCGUGCACAUCCGACUGCAGCAAAGGAAUGGCGGCAGGACCAUCACCACGGUCCAGGGCCUGUCCUCGGGCUACGACCUCAAGAAGGUGGUCCGCUGCUGCAAGAAGGAGUUCGCCUGCAACGGCACUCUGCUCGAGUCCCCGGAGUACGGCCCAGUCAUCCAGCUGCAGGGCGAUCACCGCUUGAAGAUCCAUCAAUGGCUGACCAAGAUGCAGUUGGCCAGCUCCGAUCAGCUGAAGGUCUGCGGCUUGUGA